UUCCUGGAAUUGGGACACUGCACCCAUAGGUUGAUUUCACGUGAUCAUAAGGGUCAAUUGCUCACUGACGAAGACCCUGAGUGGUGUUAAAAAGCCCAAACGCGACUUCCCCGAGAAAAACUCAAGUUGUUCAGCAUGUCCGACAACAUGAACCGUGUCUUUUUGUGGUGCGUGCCUCGCACGGUGUCUACUGCCUUUCUGAAGUGUAUCAGCUUUGUCGAAGGCCUUCAGGUUGUAAACGAGCCUUACCAGUGCGCCUUCCAUGCGGGCCCGGAGGGGAAACGUUCAAAGUUGAAUUUGAGUGACCCGGUGGACAAACGCACAGCCGAAGUUCUCGACAACGUUUCUGUCGAUGAAGAGGUCCGUGGUUUCGACGACAAAAUUUGUACAUACGGCUGGAUACGAGACGAACUUCUUGAGGCAUCUCACCCAGACAAGAAGAUCCUCUUCUGUAAAGAUAUGGCUUUUUAUAUCGAUGCUAAAUACCACAUGUUGCCCAAAGGUUUCCGGCACAGCUUUCUGAUCCGACACCCGGCCAAGGUUUUCCCGUCUUGGAGAAAGAUGCUUCUGAAAACGCUCGGUGAACCGUGCGCAAAAUACAUGGACAACUUGCAAGAGCUGCCGGAAUACCUGUUUCCUCCAGGCUGCGGAUUCAAGGAGCAAUGUGACUUGUUGGAGUACGUAGAGAGGCACCUGGACAAGGAGCCGAUUAUUCUUGACGCAGAUGACCUCCUUGCUGAUCCACCCGGCAUCUUGUCGGCCUACUGUCACAAGAUGGGCAUUCCAUACAGUCCAGAUCUGCUAUCUUGGGAAGCUGGAGGAGCCAUCGCGGACACAUGGAUUACAUCGAAAGUCAUAGCCUUUGCCAACAAACUUGGAGGCUUUUACGACGACGCUCUUCAAAGCGUGGGAUUCUGGUCUCCGGAACCCCCUCCAGUAAUCCAGAGUCUUCCCGUUGAUGUUCAGGCUUGCGUGGAAGCGUCCAUGGAGUACUACGAAAAGCUCCACUCAAGGCGCAUCAAGCCUUUGUCACAAUGAAACACUGGAUUGGUAUAAAUCGAAAUGAUAAAUUCCGGAAAUUUCAGUCAUCAUUAUAACCAAAAAUGUGCCAGACAAAAUUAAUCUGUUGGUACGCCAGCAGAAAGAGCCUUUGUCAGGUCAGGGGCGAGAUUUGUCGAGAUUUCUCCUGAUUUUGGGAGUUUUCCAUGAGAAUUUUAAAGUCUUUCUUUUAAAAUCUGGAAAAUCCUACGUUGACAAUUAAGGUGUUUUUAUGUAUUAAAAGACUAAUGAAGAGGGCAAUAAAUGGGUAAUAUAAGGGAUGGCUGUAGGCAAACACAAAUGUAAAAUUAUGGUUCUCCGAUCUUAACUCUUGUAAUUAAUUUCGUGGAUAUUUCAUUUUUCCCCAAACUCAAACCUCCAAGUUAGAUAUGUUUGUCUUUGGGCAUUUACACACAUUACCGAAGGUAGUAUUUUUCUUUUUGUAUAAUUUAUAAUUUUGUGUAAGUCAGUUUUAAUUACUGUGUUAUGUCUAAGGUGUUUUACUAUAAGUAAUUGUUAUGUAAAAUUACUUUUCCGUCAUCACAGGUUCAACAAAUUCAAUCUCGAUUUUAAUGCGUUUGUAUCCUCCUGCGAACUGCUAAGUUUUUUUAAUUCAAGGUAUUUUGUCUUCCUAAUUUUCAAAAUUCCGUGAACUUACAUUUCCUUCGACUUUUUCAAAUGUAAUCAUAAAACCAUCCGACUAUACUUGUAAACGACAAGCACAUCGAAAUUUAUCGCACUGUUAGCUGCAAUAAAUGGAGACAAUGCGGGCGAUGCAUCUACGAGUACGUCUGCGAGACUUUUUAUCCCGAGUACCUGUACAUACUGAGUGCGAGUCCCUCGAGCCUGUCACUUGUACCGGUACAUCAUGACAAAGAUAUGUUCUUACAGUGCAGCUUUAAUCCUAUCUAGCCACUAUGGAGAUCUGACAAAGUCCUUGCAAUAAGGUCUUCUGAAACUGUGAAAACUGCGGGUAUGAUCGUUUUGGGUCUCGCGGGUGUGCAGCGCAAUGUUGGGGGAGGGAUGGGUUAAAAAGACCCACUGCCAAUAUAAAAAACGAAACGCAGAGUACAGUUUGAAAUUUGUUAAUAUCUCACUGCAAAAAUAUGGAUGUGGAAGUAUUGCAACUGAUGCAGAAGGGGCGUGGCUACAAGGCAAGGGACGGGAGUUUGCUUUUUUAAAUACAUGAUAUUGAACCACAGGUAUUACCCCAGCAGAACUGGUAUCUUCCUCAGUAAUCGUUAUUUUGCCGAUGUUGAUGAUAUCUCUAGGUCACAACGGUUACUCCCUGAAGCAGUACCGGUAGGUCUACAUGGGAGGCCACUGAAUGCUCUUAGUAAAUCCAAAACUGAUCUCCGAAAACUGCCAAACUAUUUUUC